ACUAAAAGAGGAGAGAGAGAGAGAGAGAGAGAGGGCAGUGACCGGGCGCGCUCUGCGCGCGAGCAGGUGAGGUCACGUCAGUACGUCAUCAUACGUGCGGAUAGACAGCUGCCAAAUAAUUGACCUGAAAAACUAGGGUCCUGCGAUGUAAAGUUUUACCCUACUAACUAGCUAGACUCUAGUCUAGAAUAGAUCUAGACUCUAGAUACUGUAAUAGAUGCAUACAAUACAUCUAGAUCUAACUAAGAAUCUUAGAUUUAGAAUAGAGUUUAUAGAGCAUUAGUUAGAGCUAUGCUCUAGAUUCUACAUAUAGAGUCUAUUAAUUCAUAUUAAAUACAUAACCUAGAAUUAUUAGAAGAUCUAGUCUAGAACAGAUCUCUAGAUACUAAGAUCUAAUAGUAAAUAGUCUCUAUAAAAAAAGUAUUAUAUAUAUAUUGUAUAGAUCUAGUUCAGUCAAUCAGACAUUACUUUUAGUUAAUCUCAUCGGCGUGAUUAGCUAAUAUAAAAUUAGAUCUAAUUAUGGUCGCUAUAAUAAACGUAAAACAUGUAUUUAAAUAUCCAGUUGAUAAAGUUGCAGAAAUACACUUGACCAAGUAUCCCACAGACAAAGAACCUACUGUAAUUAAAGUAGAGACUAAGGAACAUAAAAUUGAUCUUAAUAAUGGAGCAGACUACAGGAGGCGAUGGUUUUUUUGUCAGAAUGUUGUCCCUCAGAUAAUGAGAGUAAUAAAUGUGCUAAAUGAACAAGAAAUUAUAUUUGAAGAGGAAACAUGGUUAAAUCUACACAACAGUAACUUGCGGAUUGAGUCUAGGAACAUUUCAUUUUCAAAGUAUGCCAGGUUGAGUGAAGAAUCAACAUUUACACCCUCAGUUGAAAACCCCAGUUGGACCAUAUUUGAGCAGCAUGGUAGAAUUAAUGUGAAUCAUUUAGGACCUUUGAACAGAGUUUUGGAAAUGUUUGCCAAGAAAUGCUUUACUAUUGGAGCUACUAAGGCAUUAAAGGUGAUGGAAGAAAUUCUAUAUGAAAGAUGUCACUCUGAAAAGGGCAACACAAGUCAGAGAUCAUGCUAGUUUUGAAAUGAUGAAAAUGUCUCAUUAUCCCAACAGAUUAAAAUGGAAAACUAAGAAAAAACUAAAAAACAUCUUUAGCUAAAGAAAAUAUAAAAAUAUGCAGUUAUCUUUUGGAAUCAAACAAUAGCCUCUACUAAACAAUUCUAUAUAGUAGAUACGUAUGUUUGAGUUAUGCUUUUUCUUUUAAUAGUUUGUAUUAUGUAUUACACUUUUGCAUGAUGUGAUAUUCUUUUUAAUGUUGAGUUAUAUACACGAUUUAAAAAUAGGAUUUUGUUUCUCUAAUGGUGUUCAGUUUUGUUGACAGUCUCAUUGAUACUAAAUGUGACUAGUACACAUAGGCCAUACUUUAUACAAAAUCAAAUGAAUUGUUUCGAUGUUGGAAGGACAAUUUAGUUGUGCAAUAAAUGUGAGAUUAUGUAGUGUUGUUCAAGUCGAACUAGUCUAAAUUAAUUCUUUAUUAUUAUUAAUCUUUAAAUUAUUAGGUUGUGAAUAGGUACUUUAGGAUCAAAAGAGUUUGAUUUCGUAUAUCUUCUUUUCUAAAACCAUAUUUAUUUGCUUUUUCCUUAAGUAACAAACUACCAAAAAGACAUGUUAUUCUAUUAAACUUUUUUUGUAUCUGCUGUUAUGAUUUUACAAGAAUCCUGUUAUACAUUGGGCAACAUAAAGAUUGUUCCUUCAAGAUAGAAGAUAGUUAUCCCCUGCUUUUUUCUCCCCAUAUAAAUUGACAAAAAAAUCAUCUAUUUAAUGUACUAACAACAAUAGUUUGAUGGCUGCCUGGUCUUGUGGUUUGUGCUUGGGGUCUGUCUUCAUGAUGGUCCCAAGUUUGAACCCUGCAGGUUUGGCCUCAGACAUAACAAUCUUAAGUUCUGAAGGAAUGUACGAAAUUUGUUAAACAAAAACCGCUUACUAGUGUAGACAUUGUAUAUUUCCAACAGGCUUUGUUUAAACUGUUUUGAAAAGUCUUCAGUGAUAUUGUAUGACAGACUUAAUGACUACUUAAAAUUAUUUAUUUAAUUGUUUGUAUGAAUUUAAAUAUUGUUGUUUAAAGUUUAAUGUCCUAUUACUUCCAGUGUUUAUGACAUUUAUAAUGAGAUUUUGUUUUCUUCUCCGUUGACACCGGUAAUUGUUCAAUCUUCCAUUUUAUGUUGAUCUUCAGUAUUUUAUAGUGUUCAACACCUGGAGUUGAUAAUAUUAAAGUUGAAAAAGAAAAAUAUAUCUGGUAUUAAAUUUAAAUAAUUACAUUUUAAAUUGUUUAUAUAUAAUUCAUUUGAUCUCAGAGUAUAGUAUGUAAAGUAUUUUUGUUCUGUUGACUAAAUUCUGCACUUUUUUAGUUUGUUUUUUAUCUUUUCAUCUUUUUUUGCAGAUUCUAUACCAAUGCAUGUCUCGCAUACUUGCAAGUUUGUAUUUGGUUUGACCUGUUCAAAAUGGUCUAUGGGCUUCUUUUUGGUCCUCUUCCUUAGGUUAGCAGUAGAAAUCUUUUACAUCCUGAGACUAAUAUUCAGUAUAUGCAAAUUUAGGAAAAUAUGUAGCUUCUUUGUAGUUCUUUUUUUAUAUCACCACUAAUUAGAGAUCCAGAUAGAAAGAAUCCAUUGGUAAUGCUACAAAUGUAGGAGAGAAGAAUAUCAGGAAAAUCUCCAAUGAGUGAUUUAGCUCUUGUGGUUGGGCCUCAGUAAAUCUGCUUGAUGGAAUCUCACUUCUCUUUUCCACUGAGUCCCAGACCCUUGAUUCUCUACCUUCUCAUUCCCUUCACCUUUUGAUUAGCUCUAUCCUUAUUCUUUUUAUGGUAUUUUUCUUUUUGUCAAGAGUUGACUAUGAACAGGUUCCAUCAAGGCCUUCAUUGUCCUAUUACCUGUUGAAUUCUAAGGGCAUUAAUGAAAAAAAAAUUAAGCUAUUGACAUUUACAACUAAUCAGUGAUUAAUAAAAUGUAUUUAUUAAUUCUUUAUUAUUAUUAAUCUUUAAAUUAUUAGGUUGUGAAUAGGUACUUUAGGAUCAAAAGAGUUUGAUUUCGUAUAUCUUCUUUUCUAAAACCAUAUUUAUUUGCUUUUUCCUUAAGUAACAAACUACCAAAAAGACAUGUUAUUCUAUUAAACUUUUUUUGUAUCUGCUGUUAUGAUUUUACAAGAAUCCUGUUAUACAUUGGGCAACAUAAAGAUUGUUCCUUCAAGAUAGAAGAUAGUUAUCCCCUGCUUUUUUCUCCCCAUAUAAAUUGACAAAAAAAUCAUCUAUUUAAUGUACUAACAACAAUAGUUUGAUGGCUGCCUGGUCUUGUGGUUUGUGCUUGGGGUCUGUCUUCAUGAUGGUCCCAAGUUUGAACCCUGCAGGUUUGGCCUCAGACAUAACAAUCUUAAGUUCUGAAGGAAUGUACGAAAUUUGUUAAACAAAAACCGCUUACUAGUGUAGACAUUGUAUAUUUCCAACAGGCUUUGUUUAAACUGUUUUGAAAAGUCUUCAGUGAUAUUGUAUGACAGACUUAAUGACUACUUAAAAUUAUUUAUUUAAUUGUUUGUAUGAAUUUAAAUAUUGUUGUUUAAAGUUUAAUGUCCUAUUACUUCCAGUGUUUAUGACAUUUAUAAUGAGAUUUUGUUUUCUUCUCCGUUGACACCGGUAAUUGUUCAAUCUUCCAUUUUAUGUUGAUCUUCAGUAUUUUAUAGUGUUCAACACCUGGAGUUGAUAAUAUUAAAGUUGAAAAAGAAAAAUAUAUCUGGUAUUAAAUUUAAAUAAUUACAUUUUAAAUUGUUUAUAUAUAAUUCAUUUGAUCUCAGAGUAUAGUAUGUAAAGUAUUUUUGUUCUGUUGACUAAAUUCUGCACUUUUUUAGUUUGUUUUUUAUCUUUUCAUCUUUUUUUGCAGAUUCUAUACCAAUGCAUGUCUCGCAUACUUGCAAGUUUGUAUUUGGUUUGACCUGUUCAAAAUGGUCUAUGGGCUUCUUUUUGGUCCUCUUCCUUAGGUUAGCAGUAGAAAUCUUUUACAUCCUGAGACUAAUAUUCAGUAUAUGCAAAUUUAGGAAAAUAUGUAGCUUCUUUGUAGUUCUUUUUUUAUAUCACCACUAAUUAGAGAUCCAGAUAGAAAGAAUCCAUUGGUAAUGCUACAAAUGUAGGAGAGAAGAAUAUCAGGAAAAUCUCCAAUGAGUGAUUUAGCUCUUGUGGUUGGGCCUCAGUAAAUCUGCUUGAUGGAAUCUCACUUCUCUUUUCCACUGAGUCCCAGACCCUUGAUUCUCUACCUUCUCAUUCCCUUCACCUUUUGAUUAGCUCUAUCCUUAUUCUUUUUAUGGUAUUUUUCUUUUUGUCAAGAGUUGACUAUGAACAGGUUCCAUCAAGGCCUUCAUUGUCCUAUUACCUGUUGAAUUCUAAGGGCAUUAAUGAAAAAAAAAUUAAGCUAUUGACAUUUACAACUAAUCAGUGAUUAAUAAAAUGUAUUUAUUUCACAAUAGAAUUAAAAAUUUAUAACAGUA